ACAGGGAGCCCAUCCGGCGCGCUCCCUCUCCCUCUCUCCCCUCUCGGUAAUCAAUCUAUCCUCUCCCCACAACACACAAACCGAAGCAGGGAGGAAGCUGUAUACGAAAUGGAGAGAGAGAGAAAGAGCUCCAUCGGGAGCUGGUGAAGAAUAUUUAUGUAUUCUAUACAUUUUCUGUCUCUCUCCCACCAUUCUCUUCGGGUCUAGGUCGAUAUUCCCGUCAGGGGAUCGUUUUGAGUUGAAGGCACUCAAAACCAAGAUGUAUCGACCUUUCCUGGAUAUAAGAACGUGAGUGGAGCGCGAGAAGAAACCGGGAGUGAACCGGUUUGCCCCUUGCCUACUCGUUCUCUUCCCGCGUUCCAACCAAGACAUUACAGCGCGCUAAGGAGCCACUUGGACCAACCUUAUAAACUUGACCAAUUAUACCAAGUAGCCAUUCAAUUUGCAUAGUGGGCGACAUUGUCACUUUACAGUCCAGAUAGGCUACUCUGGUGUUUACGGUAAUAACUCUCAAUAAAGAAAUCAGAAGAUUCAAAUUGUUAAUGAUAUCAGAGGAAUUCCGUCCUCAUAAUCUCAUCGCUACGACCGGAGAAUCUCCUGCAUGGUGGUUUAGGCCUACAUCACCGGUAACGAGACUAGACAACCUAUGGUGAUUUUGAGUGACUUAGACAUACAUGGAUAUGCGAAAUUCAGUUCUGCGGCUUAAGGACAGGCGGCAUAUGGUCUGUUAGCGCGGCGGAUUUAGUGCCAAAACAACACCGCCUCUCCAGAGCGCGUCCUCCCUGGGAGAGAUUGGACAGAGCAAACAAAGCCUGGGGAAUGCGGUCUCUGUUUCCCUGGAUCUCCAUCUCACCUGCGGUGACUCUACGCGGAACACACAAAUUGAACGUUGACCGGGUGGACCGCCGGUGACGCGAGAGGUCAUGUUGAGACAAAUCCUGCUGAAUUCCACCAACGCACUAGACUUCGACCUAGGGAUGGCCCUCCAGACGCACGAGACCGUUAACGCAUCUCACGGAUCGGUGAACAUGGCGGCGCUGCCCACGGGCAGCAGGGGCGGGAUGCGGGAGGACGGGGAGCUGAACAAACCGGACCUGGCCACCUACAUGAUAAUAUGUCUGUUGCUGUUUCUGCUCGUGCUGCUCAUCGUUUUCUUCAUCAACUGUCAGCUGAGGAACUCUUUCUUCGCCUCCAUGCCCUACGAUCGGUCUCUCAGAGAGGCCCGGACCUCCUACAAGUAGAACCCGAUACCAACUCAGCUGGUAACGUCUGUAGGAUUAGGUAACGUGUAUAAUGAAUGUGUUCAUGGAGGCGUGUGUUAUAUUGACUAUGCAUAGUCCAGACGCUGUGAGUGUCCGUUACGUGGGCUAGUUGAGAACAAGCUCUAUAUAAUGGUGUAUGUUUUUUGCUUGUUUUUGAACAGAAAACAUUUUAUAUUACAACACUGUAAUACGCUCUUAUGUAUAUCUAUUGUGUAAUUCUGAGUUUAACGUUGUAUUAUUUGUAUUGUGUAAAACUAUGAUUAAAUAUAUUAUAUUUGUCCAUCUA